GCAUGGCGGCGCCGUGAGGUGUCGGGCCGCCCGGAGCGGAGCGGGCCUGGCCGGGCGGGCGGUGGGGAUGCGCGCGGCGCCGCCCGGUCAUGUCGCGGGUGAGCGGCCCCGGGCCGGCGGGCAGCGCCAAGGAGAAGCGCUCCUUCAGCAAGCGGCUCUUCCGCGGGAGGGCGGCGGGCGGCGGCGCGGCCCCGUCCCCGGCUCCAUCCGCCGCCUCCUCCUCCUCCUCCCCGUCCGCGGCUCCGGGGCGGUCGCUCGGCGGCUUCAUGAGCCGCGUGCUGAAGACCCUGUCCACGCUGUCGCAUUACAGCAGCGAGCCCGAGCCCCGCGGUCCGCAGGCCCCGCGCCUGCCCCCGCCUCGAGCCGCCGGCGGCCUGAGCAGCUGCCUCCCGCCGGGCCGCCCCGAGCCCCCGGCACCGGAGCGCGGAUCCGAGGCGGUGCCCGGCGUGGCGGGGCUGCGCAACCACGGCAACACCUGCUUCAUGAACGCCAUCCUGCAGUGCCUCAGUAACACCGAGCUGUUCGCAGAGUUCCUGGCUCUCGAGCAGUUCCGCGGCCCCGCGGAGCCCGGCCCGCCGCCCCCGGCGCCCGGAGAGGUGACGGAGCAGCUGGCGCAGCUGGUGCGGGCGCUGUGGACGCUGGAAUACACCCCGCAACACAGCCGGGACUUCAAGAACAUUGUGUCCAAGAAUGCCAUGCAGUACCGUGGGAAUGCCCAGCACGACGCGCAGGAGUUCCUGCUUUGGCUCCUAGACAGAGUCCACGAGGAUCUGAACAACGCGGUGAAUUACAGCGGCAUGCCUCCGCUCAAGCCACCGCUGGAGGAUGAUGUGCUGCUUGAGGGACCAGCCUUUCCCAUCAGUAGUACUUUCGUGCAGGAACUCUUUCAAGCCCAGUACAGGUCCUCUCUGACGUGCCCUCAUUGCCAGAAGCAGAGCAACACCUUUGACCCUUUUCUUUGCAUCUCUCUGCCGAUUCCAUUGCCUCACACGCGGCCACUAUACGUCACUGUGGUGUACCAGGGGAAGUGCUCCCACUGCAUGCGCAUUGGGGUGGCAGUACCCAUCGCUGGGACGGUGGCCAGGCUGCGGGAGGCUGUGUCCUCAGAAACCAAGAUACCCACCGAGCAGAUUGUGCUGACGGAGAUGUACUAUGAUGGGUUUCAUCGUUCCUUCUGUGACACUGAUGACCUGGACACAAUUCAUGAAAGUGACUGCAUUUUUGCCUUUGAGACCCCGGAAAUCUUUAGGCCUGAGGGUAUCCUUAGUCAGAGAGGAAUACAUGUGAACAAUAACCUGAAUAACUUAAAAUACAGCACUGAACAGUCACGAACAGUAUUGUACUCUCAAGGAACAGUGGUGUCUGGAAAACUGGAACAGUCCUCUACUAGACAAGGAGCAAGUGACAAGAUUGUCUUGCUGGUGUGUAACAGAGCGUGCACUGGACAGCAGAGCAGAAGGUUUGGCUUGCCCUUUGUGUUGCAUUUGGAAAAAACAAUUGCUUGGGAUAUUCUGCAGAAGGAGAUCUUGGAGAAGAUGCAGUAUUUCCUGCGGCCUGCAGCCUGCUUGCAGGUCUGCCCAUUCAGCUUGCGAGUGGUCAGUGUUGUGGGCAUAACGUAUUUGCUACCUCAGGAGGAGCGGCCUCUCUGCCAUCCAACAGUGGAAAGGGCGUUGAAGUCUUGUGGACAGGGGGGAACUGCUCAUGUGAAAUUGGUUGUAGAAUGGGACAAAGAAACGAAAGAUUUCUUGUUUGUGAACACAGAGGAUGAGUAUAUUCCAGACUCUGAAAGCGUCCGCCAGCAGAGAGAGCUUCAUCACCAACCUCAGACCUGCACUUUAUCUCAAUGUUUCCAACUGUACACCAAAGAGGAGCAGCUUGCCCCAGAUGAUGCAUGGCGAUGCCCACACUGCAAGCAGUUACAGCAGGGUAGCAUUACACUGAGCCUCUGGACCUUACCUGAUGUUCUCAUCAUACACCUCAAAAGGUUUAGGCAGGAAGGAGACCGAAGGAUGAAACUUCAAAACAUGGUUAAAUUUCCCUUGAGCGGUUUGGACAUGACCCCUCACGUUGUUAAGCGCAGUCAGAGCAGCUGGAGUCUGCCAUCCCACUGGUCACCCUGGAGGCGACCUUAUGGUCUCGGGAGGGAUCCUGAGGACUAUAUCUAUGACCUGUACGCAGUCUGCAAUCAUCACGGCACCAUGCAAGGGGGACACUAUACAGCAUAUUGCAAAAACUCGGUUGAUGGCCAGUGGUACUGCUUUGAUGACAGUGAUGUUCAGCAGCUCUCUGAAAAUGAAGUCUGCAAGCAGACAGCGUAUAUUCUUUUCUACCAGAGACGCACAGCAAUCCCAUCGUGGUCUGCUAACAGCUCUGUGGCAGGCUCCACGAGCUCCUCACUCUGUGAGCACUGGGUUAGCCGUCUUCCUGGCAGCAAGCAGCCCAGCAUUGCUUCUGCAGCCUCAUCACGGCGUACGUCUCUGGCUUCGCUCUCAGAAUCAGUGGAGCUGACUGGAGAAAGGAGUGAGGAUGACGGAGGUUUUUCAACUCGGCCCUUUGUAAGAAGUGUCCAGCGACAGAGCUUGUCAUCCAGAUCUUCUGUCACCAGCCCACUGGCUGUGAGUGAGAACGGUGUCAGACCCUCGUGGUCACUCUCUGCAAAACUGCAGAUGCGCUCCAACUCUCCGUCGCGCUUCUCUGGAGAUUCCCCUGUACACACUUCUGCUUCCACCCUGGAGAAGAUCGGGGAGGCUGCUGAUGAUAAAGUCUCCACCUCUUGCUUUGGCAGCUUGAGGAAUCUCUCUAGCAGCUACCUGGAGCCCUGUGAUGGUGGCCGGAGAGAGCACAAGGCGGCUCGCAGGGCCCCCUUAGCUGUCAUGGAAGGGGCAUUCAGGGAAGAGCCUGUUGUAAGGACGUCGAGCUCAGAUCUUUCAGAUGGGCUUGGUAAGAGUUCUGAACAGCCAGACAGGAACCACCCUGCUUUGGACCCUUUUGAUAACAACAAUCAAAUCGCCUUUGUUGAUCAGAGUGAUUCUGUGGAUAGCUCUCCAGUCAAGGAGGUGAAAGCCCCCAGUGGGACAGGACUGGCUCCAGAGAAAGCAGAGGGAACCCCAAAGAAGGCUCACAGCUCCAAGGGAGCUUCUGAGGGAGACAGAAGUUUGAGGAAAGGAAGGACAGUCUUAUCUACCCAAGAGUCUAAAGUGUCUCGCUCUUCUCCUCCUCCCCUCAAGAGUUCCCAGAAGGUUUCCCGGUCGAGGAGUAAGACCGAUGCCUCUAGGGCCGCUGGGCGACAUGGGUCUCCUGCACCCACCCAGGCUAGGAAAGACCAUAGCACCAAGUCUGCUGAGGCGGCUGUCCCAUUGACUCAACAGAAACAAAAGUCAGGUUCCUCUCCAUCCUCCACAGCUGCCAAGAAGGCCACAUCAGGCUCAUUGACUAAGGGCUCUUCUGCUGGGAAGAGCCGGACUUCAGAGCGAAGCCUCAGCAGGGAGGGCUCUAAAGUAAGCCUGGGGUCGGAUAAAACGAGUGUUACCAGCAGUUCAAGAACAAGUUCCCCACGGAUCAGCCACUCCAGGAGUGACAGCAGAGCAGUAGACAGCAAGCACAUGCGGAGCUCCUCCAUGGCAAACCUGCGGUCUCCAAAUGUUGGUAUGCGUUCUGGUUUGAAGAGAGACAGCAAAUCAGAAGAGAAAGGAUUGUCUUUCUUCAAAUCAGCCUUAAGGCAGAAGGAGACCCGUAGGUCAGCUGACCUGGGAAAGACGACGAUGCUCUCGAAAAAGGCAGCGGGUGGCAGCUCCAAAUCAGCCAGCAAAAACGUGCUGGAGGACAAAUCUGAGAAGGGUGGUGUCCCACCAGCCUCUCAAACCAAUGCCAACGUUACUGCAAAAGAAAAACUUGUCCCAAAAGAUGCCGCACCCAACAAACAUUCUCUGCUAUCCAGCCGCAAGUCCAAGUCUUCCCUGCUAGAUCCCGGAGCUCGGUCUCCUCCUUCCAGUGGCAAGCAAGCUGCAGACAAGCCACUGAAAAGGUUACCUUCCAGCAUGCAGGUGUCUGUACGGCCUUCUAUGGAACCUCAGUGAAAUGCUGCAAUCCAGGUGUCUUUUCUGCUGAGAAGCUAAUUUAUUCUGAGCUCUUUUUUGUUUUGUUUUGUUUUGUUCAUGUGCCUAAUGUAUGUUUUGAGGAGAAGUUAACUGCAAGUUGUUAAAGCGCCUUUUGAUUCUGCCAUCAAACCAAAUAGCCACAGGCAGCCAGCACUGAUGCAAGUAGGCUGGAGUCAUCGUCAAACGUGAACGCAGCUGUCCCAUAGCACUUGUACAGGAGUCUCUCUGUAGAAAAUGCAGCAACUUUUUUCAGGCUCUAAGUCUGAAACCCAGUUGUACUGACACUGGCGUGCUUUGUAGGACUGUGAACUGAUAUUCCUUAGGUCAUGUUCUGAGCAGGUUGUUUCCACGUUGGAUUGCAGCCUUGUUCUGUGCUGGGAGGAUGAGAAGGAAACCGGACAGGAGAGACUGCCGCUGCUUACGCUCUCUCUCAGCCCUUUCUCCCUACUCCCUUCCAUUUUCAAGCUUUCUAAAGGGCAAUAUCUCAAACACUAAUGUUGUUUCUCAGGUAUAUACUCAGCCAGUAUAGGAGGGACUAGCAUUAGUGGAUGGACAGAAAGGUACCUGUGUGUCUGCCUAUAUAUGUCUUUGUAAUAGAUACGAUUCUUGCAUUCCAACAGCAGAAAGAUUUCUUUCAUAAAAUGUAAUCUGCUUUCUUUUUUUCUGUUAUUGCUGUGUCUGUGGAGAGUUUUACUUUCUCCAUACCUAAGACAACCUCUGGCCUGUCCUCUUUAAUUGUUUUCUAUCUUCCAAAAUCCUAUACUAAAUGAUGGAAGCCACUGAGCAGCAGCUGGUCACCGGCUUGUACCUGUGAGAGUACAGGGUGGAGGUUGUUACAGUGCCAUGGGAGACAGCUGUCUUAGUGUCUGAAUGGCAGUGGUGCCGUACAGAACACCACUGUACCUCCUGAGAAGAAGCUUCUGUGCUUAGAUGCUUAAUUGUAGCGUGAACGUGGCAUCCGCUGUUUAUAGGAGUAAUACUUAAAUAAGCAAAGCGUUGUCUCACCUUCUUUGCCUGCUCUGAGCGUGCCCUGAACAAGCUGUCCCGUGUGGGCUGCAGGUGCCUGAGUGCUGAGGAGGAGCAGCCGUGCUGCAGAGCUCUGCUGCGCUCCUCCCUGCCUGGCACUGGGGUGAAGCACUGCUGGGCCUUGUGGUCACGGUGGGCUCUGUCAGGGGUAAAGCACUGCAUUUGUGAUGUCCUUGUUUACAUGCCCUUCUGAAAGGGGAGAGUCCUCACACUCUAGGAGGUGGAUUCUUCAAGUCCUUUUAUAUAUGUGUGGUAUAACCUUUUUUUCUUUUCUUUUUUUUUUUUUGGGUAAUUGAAUGAGUUUUUAUUAAUGCUCUGCAUAUCCUUUAUGUACAGCAGCAGCCUGUUGUUUGCUUGUCUGCCUCAUAGGGCAAAGCUUCUCCAGGCUGAGCUGUGGGCAGCCCUGCUGGCACAUCUCUGUUGGCACUGCGGUGAGUGGCCCUCAAAACCAGCACUUCUUUCAGCUGGCCUCUUCCACCUGCACUCUGAGCUGCUGUUGGGUCCCUGCAAGGAGCCUCACCUCGGGCUAUUGGGAACAUGGCUGCUCCCUGAUCCCCUGCCAUGAGCCCACCUGCAGCACAGCCUCUGCUCCAUCCCAGCUGUGCUCUGCAGGGCCUACCUUUGUGCAGCACAGAAGCAAUGCCAGUGGCCUGCGUGUUUAUACAACGUGUUGGACUCUGUGCCCUGGACUGUUUUUAAGCCUAAACACAGCUGUCUUGAUCUAUUUCUUCUCCCUUGCAUUGUUUCCUUCUCAUUUAGUACAGCAACAAGAAGCAAUGAUUGCAUUACUUGCUUCUUCUGUGUAUAACUGGGAUUAUUCUUGGAUUACUUUUUGUUGUAUCCAGCAGAUCAGAUAGGACUUGCUUCACAUUGUGGUACUUAAAUUACUCCCUGUAAUGUCAAUAUUGAAGUAUUUAAGAUUUUAUCUGUAUUAAGAUCUCGCACCGUGUUGGCUCUUCUCUUGUAACAACUCCUCUAGCAAGAAUGUAAUUCCAGAAGCUACUGCUAACUUGGUUUGAUAUCUUUUAAUAAGACAGAGCCUAGUUUUCUGUGCACUUCAUCAUGGGACGUUUGUGAGAGGUUAUGUUUAUCAAGUGACGUUUUUCAUGUCAUCCAUCUUUCACUGGGGAAGUUGAAACUGGGAGCUGGUUGUGUGGUUUUUGAGGUAUCUUCUGCUGAUGCCUGUGCUGAAGGAAACUUGAAGCCAUGUCCAAGCUGGUGUUCUGCUGAGUGCCGGUUAGUAUGUCUGUAUUUGGGGCACGAGAGCGGUCAUGAGAGCUGCCAGUUGGACAAAGAGAGGUCGUGGUGCCAAGCGUUCCUGUAGCUGAGGUUAGAAACAGUCCAAUCUCUGCACUGCUGUGAGAAGUCAUCCAGCUCUUCUCUCUGUGCUUACCGUAUUUCCUGAUGGCAGUCGCUGCCAGCUCCAGCACUGGUUGCUCUCUGCACGCUGCCUGUUUGGAUCUCUGCCUGUCCCUUUGGAAACAAGCUGUAGUGCACAGAGUCAUUGUGCUAUGAACAAGUAUAGGGUGGGCUGAGUAGCUGAUGCUGACAGUGCCCUCUCCUUCCCAUUGAUCUGUUGUCUUAGAGCACGUUUUUCUGGCUCAGGAGGGCUUGACUUUGGCUGUCCUCAAGCAAAGUGCUUUGAUGUAGCAGGGUGUGCUGUAGUUCUUGUUGAAUAUAAGGCACACAUCAGGGACAACGUGCAAAGCUUGGCUGUACAGGACCUGGAAGAUACAGGACCUGGAAGAUUCAGUCCCUGCUUUCUUGGCUGUGUCGAUUCAGUAACAACAGCAGUUUGGGAAGUAGCUGCCUGCUGCCACUGCAUCCUCUGCUCCUCAGUGUCACAGAUCCCCAACAGCGUGGGAGCUUCCUCACAUAGGAGAGGGCUGAGGGAUGUGAGCCCAGGAAGCAGCAGUGUUCCCAAUGGGUGUAGAACCACGCCUGAUUGCUGUUAAAACCAUGGUUGCACCAGUGGUGGAGGGUAAACCUCUGCCCAGUGCCAGAGCUCUGCUGGAGUCACCUACAGAAGUUAUUUUUUACCCUUUUUGGGCUUUGUCUUUUGGAUCGUGUUUAGUAGUGUACAAAAUUAUAAGCACAUUUUUGACGAUGAUGUGUAUUGAAGGGGCACCUUUUAUUUGUAUUAAUCGCAUUUGAUAGACAAUUUGGUGCCUGCAGUUCUCGGUAAACUGUAAAUGUCUCACUUUGGGUGUAUAAAUUGUUAACCCUUUGGAACUUAUCAAAAAUGGCUAAGUUAAAAAACAAGCAAACAAAAAUGCUUAGGAUAGAAAAUUAGCAGCUUAAUGACAACACACUUAUUCCACUGCAAGUGCCCUCAUCCUUCCUAGCUGCAGAGUUGUUUGCUUUCCAAAGCUGAAACUUGAGCAUGGUCAACCAUUUUUUCUCAGUAACAAAGGCAGUUUUGCAUGGCAGUUCUCUUGCUGUACUCAAAUGCAUGCACUUAUUAUCUAUGCAAGCAUCUAAUAUGAACCACAGUCUGUGCUUUCAGUACCCAGAGCUGCUCGGUGGGCACCAGAGCAUGCUUUGACUCUGUGCUUCUGUUCCUUGGUGCAGCGCCAUGUUGGCACAUAGGAGCAUGUACCUGGUUUCCUGCUUUAUUUGCACAUCUUUGAUUCUUUCCUUUGCAGAAUUCGGGAUAACUGACAAGGCUGGAGUGCAGCGUAAUAUCAAAGGAAUUUGAGAUGUUGAAAUGAGAACAAACUGGUUUUCUGUAUUGUAUUGUUUUCCUUUAUUCCUUUUCUUUUCCUUUUUUUUUUUUUUUUUUUCUUUGUGUGAUUUUUUUGGGGGGUUUUCUUUUGUUUGUUUGUUUUAAAACAGGGCAAUCCUGGUCAGCGUACUAUAUGUAGCCUGCUGCUUUGUGUACCUUUGCUGACACACUCUGGGUGGUGAGAAGGGGCUGUGGGGCAGAGCCGUGCCCCCCCCCAUGGGCCGUGCCCAGGGCUCAGCCAUUGUAGAGAGGGGUGGGAAGUGACAUUCCAAUUGGUUUUGCUGUCAUCUUUCUUUCUAUCUUUGUCAUUGCCUCCUGAUCAGAAACAAUUUGGCGGCAUCCAACGUUACCUGUGGAGGGAACUGAAAUUUAGUUUUAAUCUGUGGUGAGAUGAAAGCACUACUACGUGGUUUCCUUAACAAAAGCACCAUGAAGCAUCUACUAUUAGGAGCUUUACUUUGUCAAAUAAAGGUACGUGAAGACUUGCACAGUAUCUAUCUUAGGCCUAAAGGUUUAGGAAGUCUUCUGUUUAUUUCAAGGCGAUAGCACUCAGUUUAUCUGCAGAUAGUGGUUUCUUUAUUUUAAAGACACAGAUUAAAACUAAGUGUAAACACCAAUCCUGUUUCACUCUAGGCCCUGCAGCACAGCGUGCUGCCAGAAGGUUAGCGUUAGUGUUGUAUGGCAUUAGUGCAGUGCAAUAAGCAAAUAUUCUUUUAGGUGCUACAUUGCCUUGGGUAGGGUGACACAAGGGAAUACAGGCUACAAGCGGCUACAUUAUUUUCUUGUGGCCUUCCAAGUAUUAAUUUGUACAGAUUUGCUCACCAACUGUGCCUCACCAUUGGUUAAAAUUGAAUUUUAAGUCCUGUUACAAAUGUAGUUUCUCCUCUGGGACGCAGCGUCAGAUUUUACACUGGAAUAUCUUAUGGUUCUGAACUGCAUGUCACAUCACUGUACGCCGAUCCUGGGACGUGGGGUUUGCCCACACCUUUGAUAUUCUCUUCUGUAUUUUAAUGUUUUUGAACUGUACAGCAAUCUGGAGAGCAGGCUGUCUUUACUUGGGAUUGAACAUUGUACCAUAAAUUUUAAAUUAUUUGAGGACAAGUGCAUGAGACUGUGUCAAUGCCUUUUAUUAUUUAUUUGUAUGUUUUAUUAUUCGAGGUGUAUGCACUUUUAAUAUGCAGAAUUUCUAUUUUUGUGUUGAAAAAUCAUUUUCUUUCAGAAAGAAGAGUGGGAAUAUGAGGAAUUGGAAUUCAGUGGAAAAAAAAAAAGGGGGGGGGGAAAUGUAAUAAAAUACAAUAAAUUUAUUACUAGGC